GCGAAAACGUUUGUCGUACGUUUGUUGAUUUGUCUGCGCUGGCAUUUAUAUUCAAGGAGUUAACAUUUUUAAGAAUUGUCUUCGUUUAAUAGCAAAAUACAAAAUUAAUCGGUUAAUUUUUUUAUGAUAUUAAACAUCGUUUCAAUUUAUUUAACAUUGAAAUCAAGAUUAUAGCAUUCAUUCAUGGAGGACGUUCGCAGCGGAUGGAAACUUCCGAAUGUUUGCAAGUAUCGAGGAAUAAAACACAUAUAACGACAAUACAUAUAACAAAUAAAUAUAGAUUUUGAACGUGCAACUGCAACUUUAAAGUUUACAAUGUAAACAGAGAAUUUAAGUGAUUUUUUUCAGUAAUUUCAAUCAUUUUCCGUGCGCGUAGUCCAAAUAAAUGUUAAAUUACACAAAGUUUCACGAACAAGAAAACAUAGGCCAGACGCUUUUCAAACAGAAUCAGAUACCAGAUGACAGUGCUUUUCUCAUAUGAUGUUUAACAUGGAAACUAUUUUGUCUAAAAAUAUUUUGACAACAUACAGACGGUAGUCAUUUUAAAAGUGCAUUUACCGAAAGGGCUUAAGCCGCCAUUUUGAUUCGGAUAUCAAGGAAUGUACAUGUUGGAAGAUUAUUCAAAAUAAGAAACAAUCACAUGAACUCGCCCUAGCUAUCGAUCCGAUGUGUAACGUAAUAUUAUAAUUUUUCUGAUGGACAUAUUUAAUUGUGCAUUGCUGAGUCUUCGCUAACUGUAACGAUGACCCCAACUUUUCUGAUGCAAUUAUCAUUCUAUGACUUAUAUCUGAUUUGUUAGAAAAAAGGAAAUCUUGAGUUUAUGAAAAGAGUGCAAAUAGGGAAUUCCUGCAAUAUUUUGGAAUUGACUUCAUAAAUGUAGAUUGGUCAUUUCAAUGACGUACCUCCCAGAAUGCAAGGCCCUACUACCUCCUCUGACUAUUGCGAUACGAUAAACUUUGCUGGCUUGGAUUUCAACGUGAUGGAGGCGACCCUGGCGUCCAUAGAGAGCCAGUCGCUGACACCCCUCGUGAAGGAGGAGCUCAAACUGAGAAUCCAGACGAAGCGUCUGGCGGCUGGCAAGAAAGAGCUGCCUAAGACCGUCUUCAAGGAGCCCGAGAAAUACGAGUUGACGGCGGAGGAGGAGGAGAAGCGGGAACACCGAAGGAAGCUGAACCGCGAGGCCGCCACCAAGUGCCGCCAGAAGAAAAAAACUGCUAAAGAGAGUGUCAACACACAACAAGCCGAACUUGAGUUAAGAAACUUCUCACUCAAAAGGAAGGUUGAAGAUCUCGAGACGGAGAAAAGGAGCAUUAUAACAAAGCUGAAGGACAGUGGCAUCAGACUCCCGCCUGGCUUCUCCUUAUGCUCAUCCGAGAAACCACCUCCCACAGAGAAACUCCAAUGCUCACAUUCCACCGAGCCACCACAGUCCAUCAGCGACCAGCCUUCAACAUCCUCAGGGAUCUACCACAUGGAUCAGGGUCAACAGAUGUCUCGUAGGUUCUCUUGUAAUGACGUUAGACCACCUCCGCCGCCCUAUCCGUACAUUCCCCGGCGUGUCAGCGCCGACGGCUUCCCCUUUUCUGUCUACAUGGAUGUCCAGCCGCCUGCCACCCAUGACUCCGUCUCUACACAUGAUGCUCAUCCUCCAAGUGAUGUCGUAUACACUGCUGCAAACUUCCCAUGCUUUCCCCAGGUGUCUCUCGUGCCACAGGCAAGCGCACAAACACACAGAGAUCCGGUGUACGCCACAGCUGAGGCCAAGGACGGUAGCAGCAGUUUCCACGAGACAUUUAUGCCUUUUGAACAGUACAUCAGUGACAUACCUGUAUGUUCUAACGGGGCCACUACAAUUACAGUGGAUGAAUUUGACUUUCUCGCGGAUGACCAAGACAUGGUCAAGAAACUCUUGGCUGUCAGUGAAGACACAAGUGUUCAUAACGCCUGUGUCACCGGAAUGGAAACGGUGAGCAGUGUGCCCGUGGAAUACUUUGUGCAGUUGGCGGACAUAGGUGAGGAUGAGGCUACAGUUCCCGGAAGCCUGGACGCCUGUGUCAACCCCACAUCUCCAUCAUUUUACUGAAUGACUGGAUCAAGGGUGAAACCCUUCGUUAAGGACUUUUUGCUGAGAUGACUAGAAAUAGGGUUAUUUUUUCCAGAUUUGUUAACUGUGGUUUUUUAGAUUUGUUACAUAAUGACUUUUAAUGACUUUUAUGACACUUAUUUUAAGAUUCACUUAUACGCUUGAAUCAAACACUUGUUUCAAAUGUACAUUUUUUCACCUUUGUUUAAUGCUGUUUAGAAUGGCCAGUGCGCAGAGUUGCUGGUAACUUGUUUGUGGAUACGGUGCCAAUAUAAUGUGUUCAAUUAGAAAUAGUCAAAUAUUUUUGAGACAAUUUUUCUGUCAUUUACUAGUUUGUUAUUUGGAUUAGAUUUGUACCCAUAAGUCUGUUGUUGUGUGUGAAAUGAUGAUCACUUCCUUCUUCUUCAAGUUCAUUUCAUGAAUAUUAGAGCGUUAUAUUAAUUAAAUAAAUUGCAGAAUAAAGGCCAUAGAUUUUUGAAGAUUCAUCUAUAUAUUAUGACUCUCAAACUGUAUGACGACGAUUACCACGCUAGUGUUCAUAUACAAUUUUGUGCUAUAUACCUCACUAUUUAGAAGGAUAUAUUCUAGGGCUUAUAGAAAAGCCUAGUUUGUUGUUUAUGUUGUACAGAAGUUGUUGGGAUGUCCUCAAAGUUUCCAGUGUAUGUUUAUAUCUGUUUUGUACAUCGUUUGAUAUAUCUAAAUGCUGUUGUGUAUGUUAUGUUCUCGUUGUCU